GGACUUGGCUUCUGAAGGGUGUGUGAGUGGUCUCAGAAGAGACUGACACUAGGUACACAGUGGGGAUUGGCUCAUCACAGCUCUGUGCUGGAGAGUCGGUGUGAGCUGACAUGGACGGAACUGCAUUUUGCAGACUUGUAAUGUGGCUGUCACUGGGCACUGGAGACUUGCCCAGAACCUGGCUUGAUAAGGGGGUGGGUGUCUGGAUUUAAGAAGUGACAUUGGAGCCCGGGACAACCUUGAGUGAGAGACCAUGCCAGGUGGAUAGUCAGCAAGCAAGAGUGGGAGGGCGGAGGGUGGAUGCAGGAGACCAGAGGCAAGUGUCAUUGGAUACCUGUUGGGGCACAUUAGCCUAGAGUGCCCUGCCCCAUUUUGCUCCCAGACUGGCCAGACACUUGGAAUCUCAAGGAGCGCUUGCCAAGUUGUGAAUGUGCUACUGUGACACUUUGGAGACAUUUUCUUACUUUAAUCUUUAAAACUUGCAAACUAGAAUUUUUUGGUGAUGCUUUCAAAUGGAAUACUCUUGAUCAGUUUGUCCUACCUUUCCCCUUCAGUCUUGGGGUACAUCUGUGUGUCUGGUGCAUCUGGGGCCCCAUAGUGUCUCUGGUUUGUGGCAGGUUCCCUGUGUGACUCAAGCCCUGUAUUUAGAGUUUUUAAAAAACUCAUGACCAAGAUUAGAAUUCGGAAAUACCACCAGUCCACAUCCUCUGCUGGAAGGGCGAGACCCUUUUAAUCCAGUCUACUGGAUGCACCCCCUUUGCCAUGAACCGCCUUCUCCGCUCUGGACCCAUGUGUCUCAUGGGCAGGAUUGUUUUCAGGGUGUUAGUAGUAUUCACCAGUUGAGUGGGGCGUUCCUGUUACUGUCAUUGCUUUUCCCAUUUUAGACACAUGCCUCACUCCUGUCAGCAGUUCCACCUUUUCGUGGUUGAGGAGCACAUGUGGUCGCCAGCCUCCCCUCUCCAGAGUCCCCUAAGGCGAGCAAAAGCUGGCAGGCUGACAGAGGCGGCCUCAGGACGGACUUUCUGGCUACCGACCGUUUUGCUGUGGUUUUCCCGGAUUGUGUGUAGGUGUGAGACCAACCAUGAGUUCCGUUGCAGUUUUGACCCAAGAGAGUUUUGCUGAACACCGAAGUGGGCUGGUUCCGCAACAAAUCAAAGUUGCCACUCUAAAUUCAGAAGAGGAGAGCGACCCUCCAACCUACAAGGAUGCCUUCCCUCCACUUCCUGAGAAAGCUGCUUGCCUGGAAAGUGCCCAGGAACCCGCUGGAGCCUGGGGAAACAAGAUCCGGCCCAUCAAGGCUUCUGUCAUCACUCAGGUGUUCCAUGUACCCCUGGAGGAGAGAAAAUAUAAGGAUAUGAACCAAUUUGGAGAAGGUGAACAAGCAAAAAUCUGCCUUGAGAUCAUGCAGAGAACCGGUGCUCACUUGGAGCUGUCUUUGGCCAAAGACCAAGGCCUCUCCAUCAUGGUGUCAGGAAAGCUGGAUGCUGUCAUGAAAGCUCGGAAGGACAUUGUUGCUAGACUGCAGACUCAGGCCUCAGCAACUGUUGCCAUUCCCAAAGAACACCAUCGCUUUGUUAUUGGCAAAAAUGGAGAGAAACUGCAAGACUUGGAGCUAAAAACUGCAACCAAAAUCCAGAUCCCACGCCCAGAUGACCCCAGCAAUCAGAUCAAGAUCACCGGCACCAAAGAGGGCAUCGAGAAAGCUCGCCACGAAGUCUUACUCAUCUCUGCCGAGCAGGACAAACGUGCUGUGGAGAGGCUAGAAGUAGAAAAGGCAUUCCACCCCUUCAUCGCUGGGCCGUAUAAUAGACUGGUCGGCGAGAUCAUGCAAGAGACAGGGACACGCAUCAACAUCCCCCCACCCAGCGUGAACCGGACAGAGAUUGUCUUCACUGGAGAGAAGGAGCAGUUGGCUCAGGCCGUGGCUCGCAUCAAGAAGAUUUAUGAGGAGAAGAAAAAGAAGACUACAACCAUUGCAGUGGAAGUGAAGAAAUCCCAGCACAAGUAUGUCAUCGGGCCCAAGGGCAAUUCAUUGCAGGAGAUCCUUGAGAGAACUGGAGUUUCCGUUGAGAUCCCGCCCUCAGACAGCAUCUCUGAGACUGUAAUACUUCGAGGCGAACCUGAAAAGUUAGGUCAGGCGUUGACUGAAGUCUAUGCCAAGGCCAAUAGCUUCACCGUCUCCUCUGUCGCCGCCCCUUCCUGGCUUCACCGUUUCAUCAUUGGCAAGAAAGGGCAGAACCUGGCCAAAAUCACUCAGCAGAUGCCAAAGGUUCACAUCGAGUUCACAGAGGGCGAAGACAAGAUCACCUUGGAGGGCCCUACAGAGGAUGUCAAUGUGGCCCAGGAACAGAUAGAAGGCAUGGUCAAAGAUUUGAUUAACCGGAUGGACUACGUGGAGAUCAACAUCGACCACAAGUUCCACAGGCACCUCAUUGGGAAGAGCGGCGCCAACAUAAACAGAAUCAAAGACCAGUACAAGGUGUCCGUGCGCAUCCCUCCUGACAGUGAGAAGAGCAAUUUGAUCCGCAUUGAGGGGGACCCACAGGGUGUGCAGCAGGCCAAGCGAGAGCUGCUGGAGCUUGCAUCUCGCAUGGAAAAUGAGCGUACCAAGGAUCUAAUCAUUGAGCAAAGAUUUCAUCGCACAAUCAUUGGGCAGAAGGGUGAACGGAUCCGUGAAAUUCGUGACAAAUUCCCAGAGGUCAUCAUCAACUUUCCAGACCCAGCACAAAAAAGUGACAUUGUCCAGCUCAGAGGACCCAAGAAUGAGGUGGAAAAGUGCACAAAAUACAUGCAGAAGAUGGUGGCAGAUCUGGUGGAAAACAGCUAUUCAAUUUCCGUUCCGAUCUUCAAACAGUUUCACAAGAACAUCAUUGGGAAAGGAGGCGCAAACAUUAAAAAGAUUCGUGAAGAAAGCAACACCAAGAUCGACCUUCCAGCAGAGAAUAGCAAUUCAGAGACCAUUAUCAUCACAGGCAAGCGAGCCAACUGCGAAGCUGCCCGGAGCAGGAUUCUGUCUAUUCAGAAAGACCUGGCCAACAUAGCCGAGGUAGAGGUCUCCAUCCCUGCCAAGCUGCACAACUCCCUCAUCGGCACCAAGGGCCGUCUGAUCCGCUCCAUCAUGGAGGAGUGCGGCGGGGUCCACAUUCACUUUCCCGUGGAAGGUUCAGGAAGCGACACCGUUGUUAUCAGGGGCCCUUCCUCGGAUGUGGAGAAGGCGAAGAAGCAGCUCCUGCAUCUGGCGGAGGAGAAGCAAACCAAGAGUUUCACUGUUGACAUCCGUGCCAAGCCAGAAUACCACAAAUUCCUCAUCGGCAAGGGGGGCGGCAAAAUUCGCAAGGUGCGUGACAGCACGGGAGCACGCGUCAUCUUCCCCGCGGCUGAGGACAAGGACCAGGACCUAAUCACCAUCAUUGGAAAGGAGGACGCCGUUCGAGAGGCACAGAAGGAGCUGGAGGCCUUGAUCCAAAACCUGGAUAAUGUGGUGGAAGACUCCAUGCUGGUGGACCCCAAGCACCACCGCCACUUUGUCAUCCGGAGAGGCCAGGUCUUGCGGGAGAUUGCUGAAGAGUAUGGCGGGGUGAUGGUCAGCUUCCCACGCUCUGGCACACAGAGCGACAAAGUCACCCUCAAGGGCGCCAAGGACUGUGUGGAGGCAGCCAAGAAACGCAUUCAGGAGAUCAUUGAGGACCUGGAAGCUCAGGUGACACUAGAAUGUGCUAUACCCCAGAAAUUCCAUCGAUCUGUCAUGGGCCCCAAAGGUUCCAGAAUCCAGCAGAUUACUCGGGAUUUCAGUGUUCAAAUUAAAUUCCCAGACAGAGAGGAGAACCCAGUUCACAGUGCAGAGCCGGUUGUCCAGGAGAAUGGGGACGAAGCUGGGGAGGGGAGAGAGGCCAAAGAUUCUGACCCUGGCUCUCCAAGGAGGUGUGACAUCAUUAUCAUCUCCGGCCGGAAAGAAAAGUGUGAGGCUGCCAAGGAAGCCCUGGAGGCAUUGGUCCCCGUCACCAUCGAAGUAGAGGUGCCCUUUGACCUUCACCGUUACGUUAUCGGGCAGAAAGGAAGUGGGAUCCGCAAGAUGAUGGACGAGUUUGAGGUGAACAUACAUGUCCCAGCACCUGAGCUGCAGUCUGACAUCAUCGCCAUCACGGGCCUUGCUGCAAAUCUGGACCGGGCCAAGGCUGGACUGCUGGAGCGUGUGAAGGAGCUACAGGCCGAGCAGGAGGACCGGGCUUUAAGGAGUUUUAAGCUGAGUGUCACUGUAGACCCCAAAUACCAUCCCAAGAUUAUUGGGAGAAAGGGGGCAGUGAUUACCCAGAUCCGGCUGGAGCAUGACGUGAACAUCCAGUUUCCUGAUAAGGACGAUGGGAACCAGCCCCAGGACCAAAUUACCAUCACAGGGUACGAAAAGAACACAGAAGCUGCCAGGGACGCUAUAUUGAGAAUUGUGGGUGAACUUGAGCAGAUGGUUUCUGAGGACGUCCCGCUGGACCACCGUGUUCACGCCCGCAUCAUCGGUGCCCGCGGCAAAGCCAUUCGCAAAAUCAUGGAUGAAUUCAAGGUGGACAUUCGCUUCCCACAGAGCGGAGCCCCAGACCCCAACUGUGUCACUGUGACGGGGCUCCCAGAGAACGUGGAGGAGGCCAUCGACCACAUCCUCAACCUGGAGGAGGAAUACCUGGCCGACGUGGUGGACAGCGAGGUGCUGCAGGUGUACAUGAAACCCCCGGCACACGAGGAGGCCAAGGCACCUUCCAGAGGCUUUGUGGUACGGGACGCACCCUGGACCGCCAGCAGCAGUGAGAAGGCUCCCGACAUGAGCAGCUCUGAGGAAUUUCCCAGCUUUGGGGCUCAGGUGGCUCCCAAGACCCUCCCUUGGGGCCCCAAACGAUAAUGAUCAAAAAGCAGAAACCUCUCCAGCCUGCUGACCCGAACCCAACCACACAAUGGUUUGUCUCAAUCUGACCCAGCGGCUGGACCCUUCGUAAAUUGUUGACGCUCUCCCCCCUUCCCGAGGUCUCACAGGGAGCCCAGUGCCUGGCUCUGCGUGCGGCUGCUCCUCCAGGCCUGGCUGUGCGCUGCCCACUCAGGACCUGCUCCACUGUUUAACACUAAACCAAGGUCAUGAGCAUUUGUGCUAAGAUAACAGACUCCAGCUCCUGGUCCACCCGGCAUGUCAGCCAGCACUCCGACCAUCACCAGAGCUCCGCAGCUGUGGCUAGGAUUCGACUUCCUGUGUCAUGACCUCAGGAAAUAAACGUCCUUGACUUUAUAAAAGCCAAACGUUUGCCCUCUUCCUUUCCCACCUCCUGCCCAUUUCCCGUGGUCCAGACCGUCCUGUUGGUGGAGUGCAGUCAGCCUCCUCCAGCUGCCGAAGCGCCUCAGCACAGGUGUCCGCAAGGAGGACCUGGCUCUGGACAGCCGGAGGGCGGGUUCCUGGAGCUGGGGGGUGACCUGAGAGGCAGAGGGUGACUUGGGUUCUCAAGCAGUCCCGAUUUUACCUGCUGUGGGGUCUGAAAGCACCAAGGGUCCCUGCCCCUGCCUCCACUGCCAGACCCUCAGCCUGAGUCUGGUGAGUGAGCCUGGAGGCAAGGCAGUAGGCACCAUCUGAGUCCCCUGUGGCCGUCAGAGUGUCUGCUGUGAUUGAGACGUGCACAGGAUGGGGGAGGUAGGGCCUUACGCUUAUCCUCAGUGGGGCAGUUUGCCUUAGAUGACAGCUAGGCUUUUCUUCACGCCACCUGCAGCCCCUGCCCUAGAUGCCGUGUUCAGUUGCCUUCUUUCUACCUCAGCCGGCGUGGAGUGGUCUCUGCAGUUGGUGCCACCCCACACACUCAUCUCUUGAUUGAGACGUUUCUGGUGGUUGUGGGUUUCCCGUGGAGCUGGGGGUGGGCGCCAUGUACCAAAGCUGGAGGCUGGCGCUUUCCCUCAGCACAGGUGGGUCAGCGGCCAGCAGGCCCAUCCAGAGUGGGAGUGGGCACUCCCACCCCACCCACAGGCCGUCCAGAUGUGCAUGCCAGCCCCUAGGAGCAGGUCCCGGGUGAUUGCCAGUUUUCACGGUCCAGGGCCAAGAGACGAUGGCAUGGGGCCUGGAGCAUGAGGUAGAGCAGAAUGCAGACCACACCACUGGAUGCCAAGAGCCCCUGCUCUCCGAGGGAGGCAUCUGUGUCUUGCUGUGAGGGCCGAGGACGGGGCCCAGUCUCUGGUUUUCUGGUCUUCCCAUCCUUGUCUCUGUCCCCCACAGAGGUGACAGAGCUGCUGGCGAGUUGUCCCAGGUAUUUGAGUUACGGAAAAGCUGACUGGCGCCCAUCCAUCUCCCAGCCCUUCCCUGGGGACAGUCGCUUCUGCCUUGACACCUCACCCCCAGUGUUUCUAUCAGUUGAAUAACUCAAGCUUGGUCAUCUUCAGACUCCGGAAUUCCUGAGUAGACCCAGAAGGGCUUAGCCCAAGUCUAGCUGCAGCUGCCUCGGCAAGUCCGCAUUUGCUCAGGCAGCCCUAAUCGGGCCUGUUCACAGGAAUGGUCAAUUGGAUCGGAAGGAACAUUUCCUCCAGCUUCACAGGUUAGGGUGACCGUGGCUUAGGAAACGGAAGGACAGCGAGGCACUUUUCCGCCUUUCCCGGGAUCUGUCCCCUCCACCUCCACGGGGGAGGCCGCUGGGGGAGGGACUGCCACCUCUUCCCCAUCUGCGUGAGUUCUGUCCUGUUCGCUGCUUGCUUCCAGCUCCCUCCAGUCUCCAUCCCAGCGGGUUCCUCCUCUGUCUUUUCUAUAAUGUCCAAAAACAUCCGGCCCCUACGCCCCCAAAGGUAAAUUUUAAUUCUCCCCGAAUUUUGCACAUCUCUGUAUGUCACUCGAUGUCUCAGACGCAAGCCCUUUCCUACACUGUUUUGGCUUUUCUCUCUUUUCCUUCGGGUGGUGGUUGUAAGGGUGAUGAAAUGACAGUCCCCAGCCUGCCUCCCUGAAGCCUCUGUGCUGUCGGGAGAGCCCUGGGCAGGGAUGAGGCUGGGGUGAGGCGUGUGUGUGCUUUUUCUCUUGUCGGAUGUCUUCCAUAUUAUCUGUUUCCAUAGCUACAAUCCAUCCCUUGGCCUUAACUUUGGAAUUUGGAGAUUAUAUGCAAACAUGUGUAAAGGCUCAUGAAUAUGGAUGACACUGGAAUUUUAUAAAUUCUAAAAUAAAACCCGAAACCAGA